GAUGCAGAAAAUCAUGAAUUUCUGGUGGAAAUGAUUUUAUUGUGAGAAUAACGAGAAGAUUCCAGAUGUUUCGGUGAGUGAAGGGUCAUAUAGAGGUUCUGCGCAGCCUCGCGUGCGCAAUAUUAUUUUUUCCACAACAGCCGAGAUCAGAAGUGUCAAAAAUACGUUGUUAAAUGACAGAAAGGGUCCUUGUUUUUGUGUUGUGAAGUGUUUACUGCCAAGAUCAUUGAGUAUUUCCCUGGAUUGAACAUGAAUUUGGACUAUGAUCCUUCAAUUCAGGCGUUUGAGAGCUUCUGCCAGUGCCAGAGAGCUUGUGAUUGUGGACAAGGAACAGAGCACGAAUGGUCCUGGGAUGAGACCCUGGUGACGAGCACUGCUGAACUAUCACAACACAAUUUAGAAGUGAAGUUUCAUCCGGGAUACAGCAAUGGAACUGCUGCUGUUAGGGGUAAUCAGAGGCUGGACAAGGACAGACAUCAUUAUUGGGAGAUCAAGAUGCUGACUCCCAUUUAUGGGACUGAUGUGUCUGGGCAUUUGACCCUCGUUGUAACAUUCAGAAGGCAAACUGAUGCUGUAUCCAUUCAGAUGGUCGGUGUAGGUACAGACAAAGCUCAGCUAGACGUGGGUGCGAAAUUCUGCUCUCUCCUGGGAAUGACUAAGGACUCAUGGGGCUUCUCCUACAGAGGUAAAAUCCAUCAUGCAGGAGAGUCUCGGAGCUACGCGAUGCCCUUCGGCCAGGGGAGCAUUGUGGGUGUCCAUCUGGAUACGUGGAAGGGAACUCUCCAGUUCUUCCUGAAUCGUAAACCCCUGGGGAUUGCCUUUACUGGGCUGAGGGGACAGGAACUUUAUCCUAUGGUCUCCUCGACAGCAGCUAAAAGCUCAGUCAGGAUCGCACACAGCUGCUCAGUCCCGGCUUCACUCCAGAUGGAGUGUCUUGCCAUUCUGCGACCUUGUCAGAAAUCUUAUCUCAACGUGGCCUUCCCUGGGCUCAAGUACCUCACACAGAGCAUCUUCGCUGAUAUUCUCAGGAUUAAUAGAGAUGACGAGGAUGACGAAGAUGAAUACGAAUUUCCUGAAGAGUAUCUAAUCCUAGACGAUUUUGAUUUUGCACUUGUGGGCUACGGCAGGAGGAAAAAGAAGCGUCGUAUUGCGUCUUCAACAGAAAAACUUCUGCCAUGUUCUCCAUGAUAGUAAAUUGGAAUAUUAAUUUUUUUAAUGGAUCAUUUGGCAAGUGCGCGUUUUAUUUCAUUUUUUUAAUUACAAAUUCCUUAAUUUUUAGAAAAUCCUACUUUACUCCAAAUUUCUUAAACAAUUGUAAAAUACUGAUUUUAUGCUCCGAGAACAGCGCUGGCAUAUAAAAUCUAAUUUUUUAUUAAACGAGAGUUGUCAUUCAAUAGAAUUAUUGAUUUUUAAAAUUAUAA